AUGCUCUGUCGGAUGGUCACUCGUUUCGCGCGUGCUCUUGGUACCACCCGGGGGAGGUCACGAUUCGGUUCACGUCUAACGGAGGGCACAACAAAUCGCUUCCGUGCGAAGGGUCGUAAAACAGUGAUGGAGGCAGGCUUCGCCCUAGGACAUGUUGAACGUCGACUGGAUAGUGGACGGAUCCAAGCGGAAGUAAAGCGUAAUCCACCAUGUGAUGAAGUAUAUUCGCCCACCAUAUUGCCCGUGUCCAAUAGGGAACUAUCAGCACUGCCGGUUGAGAGCAUCCGGCGCGGCGAUCAGCGGAACGUUCUGUUUCCAUUUGGGUUGGAAAGGGAGCAACGUAUGAAGGUGAACUUGAAACGCUAA